AUGCAGUUCGAAGUUAUUCGGGCAAGUUCGCAACUUUCAGGAGGAAUCAACUUCAAGCACACCGUGGCUAUUGCAGACGAAGGCGGCAAAUGCUUGAUUGUAUUCCAGGGCAACACAUUUAUGCCAUUGACAAAAGAUGAGCCAACUAUUGAUAUGGACUCUUUUGAAGCCUUAGGUUGCGAUGAGGUUGAGUACAAAGGAGAAUGCAUCCAGUCUUUGAGCGCCGACAUUCCUGCCGAAGAAGCUACCGAAGUCGGGGACGAAGCUAGUGAGGAAGCUUCAAAAGAAGAUCCGACAGCUGAUGAUGGCUCAGAACAAGAAGAGAUUGAUGCAAAGGACGGAGACAGCACGGUGGCAAUGGAUUCAUCUGAUGCUGGAAACUCCACUGCUGCUGGGGCUGGGGCUUCUGAUGAUGACAAGAAGGAAAAUGAGGCUGGAGACUCACUCAUCGGAUGGGACGAGGCGGCGGACGAAGAUCCCCAGAAAGAUGGGGAUGAAAAUGUUUUGCCAGGUAAUACCUCAGAUUCGUUGGUUGAAUUGGCUGAGCCAGCCGAAGGGGCACCAGCUGCAGAAGAUCCCCAGCAAGAUGGAGAUGAAGCUGGUUUCUCAGGCGGCGCUUCAGAGUCAUUGGUUGCAUCAGCUGUUCCAAUUGAAGGGACACCAGUUGUAGAAGAUGCUACAGGUGGAGGCGCCAACACCACAAUUUCUGAUGUUGACAAGGCUGGAGAAGAAGACGCACAGGCGGGGCCAAAACAACAAGAUCCUCUGCCCGGGGGUUGGGAGGAACAUGUUGAUGAAAAAACAGGGGAGACAAUUUACUACAACACGAAGACCCAAGCAACAACAAAAUAUAGACCCCAAUGGCAUGCUGACACAACAUUAGAGGUGAAAGAGGGAGAGGAUAUGGCGGCUGUGGUUGAGGCUCUUGGUGAUGAAGUUCUUGAGCUGGAGGCAGAAAUAGCAGGAGAACUGGACGAUGUGGACAAAGCCAAUUGGAAAUUUGCGGGGAGGACCGACGAAUGUAGCAGAUUUGGUUGGUCACCAGCCGACGGUAUUGUCUUCGUUUGCGAUCAAACUGCAUAUGUUUGUGGAGACAGCAUCGAAUUCCGAGAAAAGUUCCUGUUGCUCCUUGAAGAUCCCAUAGUGGAUGGAUGUGAGAUUGGCGGGAUUACAGAAAUCAGAUCAUCCCACGGGGACUGCAACUAUUUCCCCAAGAACGAGCACUACUUGAAACGAGAUGGCACUGAGAGGGCAGGACACCAACUAUUCUGUCCGAAUGGGGCCACCCUCUCAAGCUACUACAUGUUCUGUACUCAGCAGCUUGACAACUACUAUUGUGAUGGGCGAGACUGCGAGACUUGUGCCGGCACCAGUCGUCAGCGGCGGGCUCAAUUUCUGCGUCGACCAAGAAAUUCCAAGGCCAAGUGGUUCACGGGGUUGUAG